AUGGUCGCCACCAAGAAGCAAAGUCAGCCUUUCUGGCUUGGCGGUGCCGCAGCUUCAAUGGCAGCAUGCUUCACCCAUCCGAUUGAUCAGACCAAAUAUCGCAUGCAGGUCAUGCAAAAGCCUCCAAACAUGCUCCGGACAUUGUUGACUUUUGCCAGUCGAGACGGCAUCCGCUCUUUAUGGUGGGGCAUCAGCGCAUCAAUGCUGCGACAAUCAACUUACUCAACUGCUCGGUUCGGGCUUUAUAACUACUUCGCCAAGGCUGCCCGACAGCGGACAGGACAACAGCGUCUGUCAAGCUCUUGGGAAAUCGCGUGCGCAGCACUGGCAGGAGGGAUGGCUGGUGUCGUCGGAAACCCCACUGAGGUGGCCCUGGUGAGAAUGUGUGCCGAUGGAGCUAAAGCUCCUGGUCAGAGAUUUGCUUAUAAACAUGCGUUUGAUGCCCUUCUGAGGAUCAGCCGUGAAGAGGGCGUUGCGACCUUUAGCCGAGGACUGGCGCCCAAUAUCGUUCGCAGUGUCAUUAUGAAUGUGUCGCAGAUUGCCACCUAUUCCGCAGCCAAACGACAACUCUUGUCCACCUUUGAUUUGGAAGACGGUAUGCCAGUUCACUUCCUUGCUUCCCUUUUAGCAGGAACAGUGGCCACUACCGCCUGCGCCCCAGCCGACGUGUUAAAGAGUCGAGUACAAAACGCAGUGGCAGUGGACGGAAGCGUCGUCAAUAUCGUUACCGAGUCCCUUCGCACCGAAGGCCCACGGUUCUUGAUGAGAGGCUGGACUCCUGCCUGGCUUAGACUUGCGCCUAACACCGUAUUGACCUUUGUCUUCAUUGAGCAGCUGCAGAAGCUUGUCAACAUGUCACAAGACGCCAGAGAGACCAGGAGUGCCACAGGCGUCAUAUCUCCUCAGAAACUCUGA